UCCCAGCAGUGUGCCAGUGGUUCCUAAGCAGCGGAAAAGCGCAGCGCCUCUUACGGCAACCAAAGGAUGACGUGAGAUACGCCAGGAGCGCAGGCGGGAAUAGGGAUGCGUGUCUAGUAUGCGCAACUGGAAUGGAGAAUCGCAACGACGUUGCUUGUAUGGAAAAAAGACCGUAGCAAAGAAAUACAGCAAUCAAUCUGACUGGGACCUGCUGCUGCCGCGGACACACUGAGCGUGGCCUGGGCUUACCGCACGAUUUUACUACGCGGAGAGGGCAUGUCAUGACCGAGCCUGGGGAAUACAUGUUAGAAUCGGGUGUGCGUGGACAUUUUUGCGGUUUGAAGGGAAUAUGGAGCGGCUUCUGACGCGACGCGUGCUUGGAAAGGCGUGAAAAUAUCCGUGACGUUACGGCGGAAUGUCAGUGAAACCGAGCCGAUCGGGAUGAAAUAAAAAGACAUUCGUUUCUGGACAGCCCGAAUUAAACAAAUCCUCACUCCUUCAUGUAUCCGUGUGAAUGCAAACGGGACGCCGCAUUAACGGAACUGUUGCUGUUCUGAGACCUGUGGCUGGUUCGGAAGCGUGAUCUGGGUCGGUUCUGCUGUUUUAAUAGUGUGUGUGUGUGUGUGUGUGUGUGUGUGUGUGACGAUGGGAGAUUUAAGCGAGUCCAUGCAGAAGAAGGUCUCUGGAAGACGCACUCAGACUACAGGGCAGUGAUGCCGGGCAUGGUACUGUUUCGGCGACGCUGGUCAGUCGGCAGUGAUGACCUGGUGUUACCGGCUUUCUUCCUGUUCAUACUACACUGCAUAUGGCUCGUGGUUCUGUCCGUGGUUCUCUUUGGGCUGCCGUACAGUUCAGGGCAAUCAUGCUCGGUCACGCUGGUGGAUCACGGUCGCGGUUACCUGGGCAUCCUGGUCAGCUGUCUGAUCUGUGAAAGUGCCAUCAUGUGGCUGAGCAUGAGAGGCAGCAUCCUGUAUACACAACCUAGAGAGGCAGUGCAGUACGUGCUCUAUAUACGGCUGGCCAUCCUGCUAGUGGAGCUGGUGUAUGCGGUGGUGGGCAUCGCCUGGUUGGUGCAGUACUACCAGCCCUGCUCCGACAUCACUGCCAAGAACCUCGCCCUGGGAAUUGUGGCGUGCAAUUGGUUGGUCAUCUUCAGUUUGUGUUUCACCAUGAUGUGUACCUUUGACCCCACCGGACGGACCUUUGUGAAGCUGAAAGCAACUCGCCGUCGUCAGCGUAACCUCACAACAUACACUCUCAGACACAGGCUAGAAGAAGGUCAAGCCAGCAGCUGGAGCAGGAGACUCAAGUUCUUCAUGUGCUGCACUCGAACAAAAGAUACACAAUCCGACGCUUACUCUGAGGUGGCCAGCUUGUUCGCCGAGUUUUUCCGGGAUCUGGAUAUCGUGCCGAGUGACAUCAUCGCUGGCUUGGUCCUGCUCCGACAGAGACAGCGGGCCAAGAGGGCAGCCAUCUUGGAUCAGGCAAACAAUGAUGUUUUAGCCUUUCUGUCCGGGAUACCUGUAACUCGCAACACUAAAUACUUGGACCUCAAGAACUUGUCUGAGAUGGCCAUGUAUAAGGAGGUGUGUUACUACAUGCUGUUUGCCAUGGCGGCGUAUGGCUGGCCUGUAUAUCUUUUAAGAAAACCAGUGUGUGGACUCUGCAGACUUAUCAGCACUUGCUCCUGUAACACUACAGUUUCAGGUUCUCGUCUCUCUCAGUCCAUCACGGUUGAGGAGGAUAACUGCUGUGGCUGUAACGUUCUUGCCAUCCGACGACAAUUUCUGGACCGAGACCUUAAAGAGGUCCAGAUUGUCUACACAUCCUGCCAUGAUGCGGUUUAUGAGACGCCCUUCUUUGUAGCAGUCGAUCAUGCAAAGAAAAAAGUCGUGAUCAGCAUCAGAGGGACUUUGUCCCCUAAGGAUGCUUUAACGGAUCUUACGGGUGAUUCUGAGCGUUUGCCUUUAGAAGAGCAGCACGGCACAUGGCUCGGACACAAGGGAAUGGUUUAUUCAGCUGAAUACAUAAAGAAGAAACUAGAGCAAGAAAUGAUUCUCUCUCAAGCCUUUGGGAGAGAUUUGGGUAAAGGGACGAUGCACUACGGGCUGGUGAUUGUGGGUCACUCUCUUGGUGCGGGUACAGCUGCCAUCCUGUCCUUCCUCCUCCGGCCGCAGUAUCCUUCACUGCACUGCUAUUCCUACUCCCCUCCCGGCGGCCUGCUCAGUGAGGAUGCAAUGGAGUACUCGAAAGAGUUCGUCACCUCAGUCGUGUUAGGAAAAGAUCUGGUCCCCAGGAUUGGCCUCUCUCAGCUUGAGGGCUUCCGUCGCCACUUACUUGAAGUCCUACAGAAGAGUGAUAAACCAAAGUGGCGGAUUAUUGCUGGGGGUACGAAGUGCAUCCCUAAAUCAGAGCUACCCCUGGAUGAAGAAGCCCCUGUAUCUCAGGGCGUGACCCCCUCUAACUCCCGCCUGUGGCUGCACCCCAGUGACCUGAGCAUCGCCCUGUCAGCCUCCACUCCGCUCUAUCCACCGGGACGGGUCAUUCAUGUGGUGCACAACCACCCGCCUGAGAUCUGUUGUGGUCAGGAAGAGCCCACUUACUCCGCUCUGUGGGGGGAUAACAAGGCCUUUGAUGAGGUCAUCAUUUCUCCAGCCAUGCUGAAUGAACACAUGCCCCAUGUGGUGAUGGAUGGCGUCAACAAGGUUUUGGAAAACUAUAAUAAAGGGAAGACAGCUUUACUGUCUGCUGCUAAGAUAAUGGUUAGUCCUACAGAAGUGGACCUGAAUCCAGAAACGGUUUUCCUCGAUGCGUCUAGUUCACCGCAGCCCACGCCUGCCACACAUCACCGCAGAAACAGUAGUGUCCGUUCCUGUGCCCGCUCUGAGAUCUCGCUGGAUGGCUUCUCGGAGUGUCCGCCUCCUCCUUUCCCCGUGGUGCUCACCGGCGCUCGUGAGCGAUUGGCCAUGGAGCUACGGGAGCGAAAAGCCCCCUUGGCCAUCAUGGAAAGUCUUUCUGAUGCCGAAUCCGUCUACAGCUUGGACUCCCGACGAUCAUCUGCUGCCCUGAGAGGCUCGCCCUGUCUGGGGAGUCUACCUUUCCCUUUGGAUGCCCCCAUCCCAGAAGAGAAUCCGUCGCUGAGCUCUCACACAGAGCUGCUGGCCGCAGACGGCUUGGACCUUGAAUUGGGGGAGGCUGGCCCAUACUGCCCUACUCCUCCAGAACUGGAAGUACCUUCCAAUGAUGCCAGACAUCUCAACACCCGCAUCAGCGGGCACUUCUCUCCACUUUCCCUUGGACAAACUAUCGUAAAUCAGCCAGCCAGCCCGGGCAAGAAGUCCCGGUGGUCUUCAGGAACACCUGUGGCUUGCCAGCCGUCAGCUGUUCCUAAAAAUCAAGAAUCCUGCCCAGUAGCAUCCCGGACUGGUUCUAUGCCAGAAACACCCGAGGAUAGAGUGUUUGAAGAGGGAGAGGUAGAGAGUGGCCGGUCCCAGACUCUUCCACCAGUUCGGCCGCUGUCCAAUGGCACUCCCAGUCAGGCGGUCCUAGAGUUCGCCCAGUACCUGGACUCUCUGUUUAGGCUCGACGGCAGUAGCUCUCCACCUCUCGAGCUGUCCGAUGCAGAAUCCGAGUCUGGACGGGGAUCAUACAGUCAGGCUGAGGAACACCAUGCAGAUCAGUGUGUGAAAGACAUGGACAAGGACAGGCAGCUUCUGGCUAGAGCUACUCUAGAGCCCAACUUGGUUCCCAAGCCCCCUCGCACGUUUGCCGGCUCAGCUGACCCUUCCUCCGGGAUCUCGCUUUCUCCAUCCUUUCCACUCUCAUCCUCUGGAGAACUCAAUGACUUCUCUCCUACUGAUGGAGUGCCACCCGCCAACCAUAUGUCUGCACUACGAACUUCCCCUGCUACUCCCAACCCCAAGGAAACUCCAUUGUCGUCUAUGGUGUAGCUGCCCACUUUCCACAGCUCACAGCUCUCCUUUUCCAUCUAUUUAUUUUACCCUAUGGUUUCCUUCCCCAUCAUUAUUCUUUGCUCCUUCUGAACCGAUUGUUGAAACGUGCAUGCGUAGCAACGCGGCCAGUCCAAGACUUCCAGACUUGUGGACCGUUAAGGAUUCACCAAGAACAGAAGACCUCAUUUUGUACUAUUGUAAGACAUGUCUGAAUGCACUGUGUCUUGUUGCAUCACCAUUAUGAAGUGUCCUAAUCGCUGCCUGCAUCACACAAGGGGCUGAGAGGCCCCUUCGAACACUAAAGAUGUUGCUAGCAUAUCAAGAAGCUUGCACAAAUGACCCUACGUUCACAUUGAAUCCAAUGUUACGGUUAUGUUUACAUUGACACUACAGAACACCAAGCUAUCACAAAGGUUGGCAGUUUCAUAUAAGGGAAAGGCUGGGAUAAGACUUAAUCUUGAGUUACGGGGAGGGGCGCACACAACAAGCAGUGGGGUACAUUUCCUCAGGACCUUGAAGAAUGAAGAAUGGGACAAAGACGUCUCAGGCGUAGGAUAAUAAAUAGUUCAUUUUGCUGGAUUGUAGUUUUUCAGUUUUUAAUUGAAGAUUGUGUGGAAUGUCCUGCUGAGUGUGUGUAACUGGUGGCACUGACGGUUGGUGGACAUCUAUGAGCUCUCGAUGUGCAUGAGCAAAUGCUGAAUGCUUUUGCUAACUUUUGUCUUCUCUUAUUUGCAUAAAUCCUCUUGAAUUUACGCAUGCAGGUUUUAUAUGAUUUCUUUUUUCACCGAUUGCCAAAAAAGCCAACUUCAUACAAGUCAAAUGUUUGAACUCUGUGAAAUUAAAAUAUAAUGAUUUUCUGUUUUUAUAAUUAUUUGUUUACGAACCACUGCCCGUAAAUGCAAAUGACAUCAGGAAGAGUUGUUGAAUUAUAUGAGUAUUAAACGAUAUAUGUCACAAAAUGCGCCCUUUAAAUGAUUCGCCUGAAUCUGCGAUGUCUUUUACGCAGCACGAGACGCCUCCUUUGAGAAAAGUCUCUUUCGGGAUGGGUAUGAUGUGCAAUCAGUAGCAAAAUAAGCAUAGAGAGAUUUCCUCUCAUCUGCUUUUUUAAAAAAUAAUUUCUACUGUUGUUGCUACAAUACAAUAAAUAGUGAUUUAUCUCAACGGCAAAAUAUUUUAAUAACUUAGACUUGCAUUUUUUUAUACCGUUUCAGGGUGAAGUGUUUGAGUUUUUGGGUGGGUGUGUGAAAAAGUACAGCGGUUUGUCACCACAGAGCUUUGCGGGUCACAAAUGGGUCAAGUGUUUUAUUUUGUAUGCUGUCGAUUGUUUUGUAUCACAGUUCCAAUGCUAUCAUGCUUUGAUUGCAUGUUAUAAUUUGUUAAUGAUUGGUUAUAGGUUCUGCAUGUGACAAAACCAAACUUAACACUUCUUCGUUUGAGAUUUUUUGAGAUGUAAUAUAAAUGAUCAAAUGUUUGGCAUAUAUACCAAAAUAAGCACUUGUUUUCCUGUUCUUUUUUUGCUGCUUUACUAAAUAACUCAUAACUUAAGCUGCUACUGCUGUACUUUUUCACAAAAAAGAUGUGUAUAGCACUGUCUUUUCACAUGAGUGUAAAUACUGUCUUUUUUCCAGUUGUUGUGUUAAAAAAAAUAGAUAUAAAAUCAAUGGGACUUAACAAUAAAAAAUCUCUAUCUUGUACCAUAGUGAUGACUUUAUCUCAAAUGUAUAGCUAUAUUGAUAUAUCUACGUUUAAAUUAUAAAUAGAGAAAAAAUGAUGACUAUUCAGGAAUGAAAAUCUGAUCCUGUGGCCAUAUGCUGACUUCCGAAAAUAUUUAACGAUUGAACAUUCAUUUUUGGAAAAAAGAAAAGAAAACUUUCUUCAUGUUUGUCACUGCCCUGCCAGUCUUUCACCUUUCAUGAAUGAGAAUGUAUUUAAAUGCACACACUUACACUGCCCUGCCUGUAAUAGAAUAAAACAUAUGGAUCUCUGUCUGA